GCGUUGUCCAUGACAUAUCUGGCACGUUGACUUCGACUGGGGAUGUGCAUGCUAAUAUCUCUGCGAGCUAAACUAGAGGUUUUAUUUGUAGAUAAGUAAGUAGACAUUUUCACCACGCAAUAUUUGACGAACUGAGCCGCAGGUCAUGGCCCUUCACAGACUUACCCUCAGGCUACGACCAAUAGUAACACAUAUAAGGCCUCUUCAUACCAGUGGAUGUGGUCAGCAGCAGGAGGCUGUGGCUGUGCAGCCAGAGCCAGAUUCCUCCUCAGUCUUCAGGACACAGGAGAGCGAUCCGGCUUGUCAGUCAGAGAAACAUGUGGGACAGUUCUACACUCUGCCUUCUGCACAUGUCCGCCCUCUGUUCCCACAUGGCCUCCCCUGGCGCUAUCAGCAACAGAUAAAGACGUUUAAUGAAGCCUGCAUCAUGGUGAGACAACCAGCUCUGGAGGUCAUCUCUUACCUGAAGAAAACUGAUUACAGCAAACCUGCUCUUAGAUAUUUGUUCUAUGGGUUGAAGGGGACUGGGAAGACAAUGUCUCUUUGUCACACAGUUCAUUUCUGCUACACACAGGGAUGGCUGGUGCUGCAUAUUCCUGAUGCCCACCUCUGGGUGAAGAAUUGUAGGGAGCUGCUGCCAUCAUCCUUUAAGCCUUCACGCUUUGAUCAGCCAUUAAAAGCCACAGCCUGGUUACGCAACUUCAGAAUCACCAAUGAACCCUUCCUCUCAAAGAUAAAAAUAAAGCACCGCUACGUGUGGACAAAGAGGGAGUCCACAGAGGAAGGAUGUCUUUUAGGAGAGCUUGUGGAUCAGGGCAUAGCUCGUGUGAAGAGCAGCAGUGAUGUAGUGGGGGCGGUGAUGAAGGAACUUAGGCUGCAAAGCGGACAACCGGGGGCAAAUUUUCGCUUGGCUGUGGCGGUGGAUGGUGUCAAUGCCCUGUGGGGAAGAUCCACCAUCAAGAAGGAGGAUAGGAGCGCUGUGGAUCCAGAAGAACUCACUUUGGUUUAUAACCUGAGAAAGCUGAUGAAGAAUGAUUGGAUUGGAGGUGCCAUCAUCGCCACUCUCUCUCAGACGGGGUCUCUCUACACUUCAAAAUCUGCCUACUUGCCUCAAGAGCUGCUUGGAGAGGCGGGGUUUGACAGCAUGGAUCCAUUCAUUCCAUUGUCGGUGCCCAACUAUAGCGAGAAGGAGUUUGAGAGCUGUCACCUCUACUAUAUGGACCGCCGCUGGCUGCAACAUCCACAGAGUCGAACAGAGGAAGGGAAGAAAGAGCUCGUCUUUUUGUGCAACAGGAAUCCAUCCAUGUUUGACAGAAUUUCCAGUUCUUUAUGAAGUUACAUAAAUAUUUUUAACACAAAAUGAAAAUGUAAAUGUCACUGCACCAGAAUUACAUAUGCAUACAAACAUCUGUGUCUUAUCCUUUAUCCUGCUGUAAAUUAUAACAUGAUGUUGCUUUGGUAAUAAAAUGUAAAAGU